UCACUUGAGUGUCAAGUCGAGACGUUAUCAUCGUCUUCCUUUUAACUUCUACGCCGCUACCUUCCUCCCGCGGUAAUGCUUCCACUUGUACUCGUGCCCUGCUGCUCCUCCUCAUCUGCCGCCUCCUCCACUCCACCGCCACGCCCCGCAGAUGCCGCCCAAGGUGUCUGCCGUCGCCGCCGGCGAGGCCCACACGCUCGCCCUCACCUGUAACGGGGAGGUGUACUCAUGGGGGAGGGGCACGUUCGGCCGCCUCGGCACCGGCAGCGAGGGGGACGAGCACGUGCCCACCGCUGUCGCGCCUGCCGUCGCUGUUGGCGGGAGACCGCGGCCCAAGUUCGCCGCCGUCGCUGCCGGCGCAUAUCACAGCCUCGCCCUGGACGAUGAAGGCUCGCUCUGGUCAUGGGGCUACAAUAUCUAUGGUCAGCUUGGCUAUGGGGAAGAGAAUUCCCUUUUUCCAUGUUUGGUUGAGCGUUUCCAAGAUUUGGGUUCUCCUGAAACGCUGCAGCGUGAAGCACAGGAAACUCUUGCACAGACUCCUUUGAAGUUGUCAUCUGUGAAAGCUGGGGGCAUGAUGUCAUUUGCCAUAGACAGUCUGGGGGCCCUGUGGAUGUGGGGAAAUUGCCCACAGCAGACUGAUGAUGGAGAGUUUUGUAUAGCAGCAAGCUCAGUUCCACUGCCCGUGUGGGAUUUCCAUGGUCACACCGUAGUUAAGGUUGCCUGCGGUAAUGAACAUGUUGUAGCUGCAGUUAGUGCUGGAGAGACCUAUGCAGGAGGCGACCUUGUUUGUUAUUCCUGGGGCAACAACAACCAUGGCCAAUUGGGUCUAGGUGACAAGGAAAGUAGAUCUCGUCCUGUGAUUAUCUCAGAAUUUAGUGAAAGCUCUUCUUGGGAGGUAUAUGAAAUUGCCUGCGGAGCUUGGCACACUGCUGUGCUCACCAAUAAGAAGUCUUUUGAUCAGGAUCUUGAAUCUCGGUGCUGGACAUUUGGCAUUGGUGAUAACGGGCAGCUUGGCCAUGGAACAACUGCAACCAUUGUCUCCCCACAGCCUGUUGAUGGUUUACCCACUGGUUCCUUCCUUAUCUCUCUUGACUGUGGAUUAUUCCACACCGCUGUUGUCUCCUCCGAUGGAGAGGUGUGGUGCUGGGGAAUGGAAAGAGGUCUUGGAUUGUGCCCAGAUGCUAGCUUUUCAGGAAUUGAUGCAGGGGAUGCUCUAUAUCCCAUACGAGUUCAGUCUCCUGAGACAAAUGGGUUCAAGUUUCUUGGUCCAGUGCAGGUCACCUGUGGAGCUGCUCACACUGUUCUUGUUGCUGGCGACGGGUAUAGGAUGUGGGCAUGGGGCCGAGGUCGCAGUGGUGUGCUUGGGAGAGACCAGACUACUGAUAGUUACACUCCAUGCGUUGUGAUGUGGCCUCCUCUUGAUGAGAACUUCCAAGAGAUUCAUGAGAACCAAGGGCAGGCAUCGACAUCAGGAGUGAAUGACCGCUCUAGCACUGAGUUGGAGCAGAAGUUAUCUACUGCCUCAGAGGAGCUACAAUUCCUUAGGUCAAAACUGACGCUCAUGGAGAGAUAUGCUAACAUACUUCAUAUUUCAAUAUUUCGCAAGCCAAUGGAUGAACGGACCCUUCCGCGUUCACUUCAAGAGUCUGCUGUCUUUGAUAUCAGAAAGGAAUUUGAGAACAUCUUGGAUGCAUCAGAUACUGAUGAACUCUCUCGCUUGGAGAUGUUUUACCGUAGCAUGCUUUCUGGCGUGAAGGACAAGCUUCUGAAGAGAAAAGUCCAAGAGAUGGUCCAAGAAUGCAUUGUUUCACUCUCUGCAGGUAGGCAAACACCGCGAGGUCAGAGUGCUGCGGGCAUGGAGGGGUCCCGUGGUGCUGGCGGCGGCGGCGGCGGCGGCGGCGCACGGCCGUGGGGGGGUGGGGAGGAAGGCGAUGGAGGAGGGCGGAGGGGGGAAGAGGAGGGGGAGGUGAGUCUGCGGGAGUGGCUGGAUCGGCCGGGCCGGACGGUGGAGGCGCCCGAGUGCCUGCACGUCUUCCGCCAGGUGACGGAGGCGGUGGCCGUCGCGCACGCUCAGGGCGUGGCUGUCGGCAGCGCGCGCCCGUCCUGCUUCGUCGUGUCCCCGCCCUUCUCUCGCGUUGCCUUCAUCGAGUCCGCCUCGGGUUCAGACGCCUCCGGCUCCGAUGCCUCCGAUGAGGCCGAACCUGACGCCGAGCCUCCGCGGCGAGUUGACGGCGCGGGCCGAGGGGAGGAGCGCUGUUUCAGGGGUUUCCCGCUGAAGAGCGUGCUAGCGAUGGAGCUCAAUUGGUACACCAGCCCGGAGGAAGCCGACGACAACGGGGGCGCUACCUUCGCCUCUGACGUGUAUAGGUUAGGGGUACUCCUGUUCGAGUUGUUUUGCGCCUUCGAAACGUUGGAGGAGAAGAUGCGGGCAAUGGCCAACCUGCGGUAUCGUGUGUUGCCGCCACAACUGCUGCUAAAGUGGCCCAAGGAAGCAUCCUUCUGCCAGUUGCUGAUGCACCCUGUACCUGAUACCCGACCGAAGAUGAGUGAGGUGCUACAAAGUGACUUCCUUAAUCAAUCAAGGAAUAGUCUGGAAGAGCAUGAGGCAGCACUUCGGCUGCGUGAAGAGAUAGAAGAACAAGACCUGCUACUGGAUUUUCUUCUCCAAUUGCAGAAAAGAAAACAGGAUAUUGCGGACAAUUUGCAGGACACUGUUGCCUUUCUUUCUUCUGACAUCAAUGAGGUAGUCCACCAGCAGUCAGCUCUCGGGCAGUGUGGAAACUUCUCAUUUGAGUUGGAUAAAGAGGUGUCUUCUGGAACUGUUGAAGAUCAGAGUGACUGUGGAUCCAGAAAGCGUUUCCGACCUGAACUGCAUGCUGUGGAAAUGGAGGAAUGUAAUCCUAGUCUGGAAGAAUGCUCCAGAACAGUGCCAUCAUCUGUAUUAAUCCAAGAAAGUGUGUUGUCAAAAAGCUCCAGGUUAUUAAAGAAUUUCAAAAAACUUGAAGCAGCAUAUUUCCUAACAAGAUCCAAGUUUGCAAGCCAAGUUUGCAAUCCAAUAAGUAGUUGCGAUCAAGUUAUCAAGAGAACCACUGGGUCAGCUGUUGGGACCGAGGGAAGUUCAAUAGACGAUUUUGCUUUGGAAGGGCAUUAUCGUAGAAGGCAAAGAGGUUGGAUGAACUCUUUUCUUGAAGGAUUGUGCAGGUACUUGUCGUUCAGUAAGUUGAAAGUUCGGGCGGAACUGAAGCAAUGCGAUCUGCUGAACUCAUCAAAUUUAGUAUGCUCUGUAGGCUUUGACCGUGAUAACGAGUUUUUUGCAACUGCUGGUGUAAAUAAGAAGAUAAAAGUUUUUGAAUACAAUAUGCUCGUAAAUGAACAUCGUGACAUUCACUAUCCUGUGGUUGAGAUGUCUAAUAGAUCAAAAUUAAGUUGUAUUUGCUGGAACAGUUACAUGAAGAGUCAUAUAGCAUCUAGCGAUUUUGAGGGUCUCGUACAGGUUUGGGACGUUACUAGGAGCCAAGUUUUUGUGGAAAUGAGGGAGCAUGAGAGGCGUGUGUGGUCAGUAGACUUCUCACUUGCGGACCCAACCAAAUUGGUUAGUGGGAGUGAUGAUGGUUCUGUGAAGCUGUGGAGUAUGAAUCAGGCUGGGAGUGUUGGCACUAUCAGAACAAGGGCAAAUGUCUGCUCUGUGCAAUUUCAACCUGAUUCUGCUCGCUCCAUUGCAAUUGGCUCAGCAGAUCACAAAAUUUACUGCUAUGAUCUUCGCAACAUACGAGCCCCUUAUAGUACACUAGUUGGACACACAAAAACUGUAAGCUAUGUUAAGUAUGUAGAUGCAUCAACCAUAGUAUCUGGGUCUACUGACAACUCGUUGAAGCUCUGGGACUUGUCUAUGAAUCAAUCAAGGAUAAUUGACAAUCCAGUUCAGACAUUUACAGGACAUACAAAUACAAAGAAUUUCGUUGGCCUUUCCAUUUCCGAUGGGUAUAUUGCUACUGGCUCAGAAACAAAUGAGGUUUUUGUCUAUCACAAAGCAUUUCCGAUGCCAGUAUUGGCAUAUAAGUUCAAUGUCACUGAUCCAAUAUCAGGCCAGGAGAUUGACGACCAAUCACAGUUCAUUUCGUGCGUGUGUUGGAGAGGGCAGUCUUCAACACUUCUUUCUGCUAACUCCAGUGGGAACAUUAAGGUCUUAGAAAUGGAAUAACCCUGCACCAAGGGCGAGUGUUGCUGCCUGGUUUCGAGUAGAAAUGGACUGACUUCAGUGACUUGUUACCAAGGAAUGCGCAUGUCUUACUGAUUUGUCGCUUCAAUGCAGAGGCGCAAACAGGGUGCUCUGUAACUUCUCCAGAGUUGUGGACUAGGAGGUUGGUAGAGCGAGUGUUAGCGUAGAACUACAGGUUAGCGUCAUAGAAAACAUAGCAUAAGUAGGGCAGAUAUUUGAGAUGUUGUGGGGCGAAGAGGGGAAGGUUUUGUAAAUCAUUGGUCUGAGGUAUAUUUAUAUAGGCAAUCAAUCCAAGUUAUUAGCUAACUUCAUGUUCGAUUGUUGCUGUUU